AAGAUGUUGUUGCCGAAGUUGAGGAGUCGUGUGAACCAUGGACAUGAGCCAGCGAACUCAGCUCUUUACCCACUGAAGAAUGCUCGGCUUUCCAUUAAAUAUAGGGGCCAUGCAGUCUCACCACGACUUCAUAUGGUAUGAAGAUACCUGGAUCUUUGACACCUAGUCAGAAGGUCCGUCAAUAUGGAAGAAGGAACGCCUGUCGCCAGACCACGCCUCACUACUAUCUGGGAGGAGAAGCGAAUUAUUGCCAUCUGUCUUUGUAUCGCGUUUGCCCAAUUCCAGUAUGGAUACGAUUCGGCGGCUGUCUCUGGAUUCCAGAGCAUGCCUGGGUUUCUGCGCGUCUACGGCUAUCCAGAUCCUGCUACGACUAUCGGAUACAACAUCAGCACCUCAGUCCAACGCCUGAUCCAGAGCCUUAUGAACGUUGGUGGUCUUGCUGCCUCCAUCUUCGUCUACUCCAUCGGUGACCGCAUCAGUCGUCGUACUGGGCUAUGGAUAGCAUGCCUUAUUGGUGUCAUCGCUAUCUCUAUCCAAAUCGCCUCCAAACACACAGGAGCUCUCUAUGCCGGUCGUCUACUCCUCGGUCUGUCAAACGGCUUCUUCAUCCCAUACUCAGUGACGUAUAUGAGUGAGGUGUCUCCAGCUCAUUUACGCGGCUCUAUCGUCGGCAUGGUGGUGUUUCAGAUCUCGCUCGGUGCCCUGUUCGGCAUUCUCGUCGAUAACUACACUGAUGUAUAUCUUCAACGCAAGUCGUACGAAAUUCCACUGGGGGUCAUGUACAUUAUCCCAGCGUUCAUCAGUGUCUUCAUCAUCUUCUUGCCCGACACUCCACGCUACUACAUCUCCCGUGGACAAGAUGACAAGGCAGCUAACUCGAUCCGCAAGACGCGCGGCAUUACCGAUCAAGCACGCAUUGCCGCGGAAGUCGCUGAUAUCAAGAGUACCUGGCUGGCCGAACAGGAGUUACACAACGGUGUCCAUCUGCGCGACAUGAUCCGCGGUCCGGAUCUGCGUCGUACCCUGAUUUCUCUGGGUGCUGCUGUCGGCCAGACCGCGACCGGUAUUACCUUCAUAUCAGGCUACAGCGUGUACUUCUAUGUCCAAGCCCGCAUCGGCUCGCCCUUCAUCUGGGUCAUGGUCGGUCUUGCGUUGACGCUGACUGCAAACAUGGCUUCCUUUCCCGCCAUGCGCUACCUUUCUCGGCGGUUCUUGCUGCUCAGCACGUCCAUCGCCUCGACGAUCUUCAUGCUCGCCAUGGCCAUCGUCUACACGAAGUCGACUGUCGGGUCUGAUUCUGCUGGCAAAGCUUUGGUGGGGAUCAGUAUCGUGUACACCUGGUUCUACGGCGUCGGCCAGGGUCCCGUGCUCUGGGCCGUGGCGGCGGAAGUGCCAUCACAACGACUGCGUGCUACCACAGUUGGUGUCGCCGCAGGGUCUAACUUUGUGUUCGGCUGGCUAUGUCAAUUUUGCACGCCUUACUUUAUCAAUCCGGAUUCACUGAACUGGGGUCCAAAGUAUGGAUACAUUUGGGGUGGGAGUAAUGCUAUACUGACGCUUUGGAUCUUCUUUUUCGUGCCGGAGACUAAGGGACGGAGUCUGGAGCAACUUGAUGAGUUGUUUGAGAAUAGGGUGCCGACUUGGAAGUUCAGUCAGUAUGUUACGGAGCAUGUGGCGGUUGAUGCCGAGCGCGAAGCGGUGCCGGUGGCCGCGAAGGGUGGUGCGGUGCAUGUCGAGGAUACUCUUUAUAGGGAGGUGAAGUAGGUUAGAUCGCUCCCGUCUUUCGACUGUUGGAUUUUGAGUACGGCCGAAUGGGAAGGGGCAAUGCUUUGACCUGGCCCGGUGAGAUGAGGACGGUUGACAAUGUCGAGUACAAGAAGGGGAAGGCUAGAGCAGUACGGAACUGCAGG